AUGUCGGAGCCCAUCCGCAUCCUACUGGUGGGCAAUGGUGGUCGCGAGCAUGCGCUCGCGUGGAAAUUGAGCCAAUCUCCUCUGGUUGAGUCUAUUAUCGCGGUCCCAGGGAAUGGCGGUACAUCGACAUGUCCCAAGGUCGAGAACAACACCAGCGUGAAGGCGGACGAUUACCCCGGUCUUGUGGCAUUUGCGCAGAAGAACAAUAUCAAUCUGGUUGUUCCCGGCCCCGAAGCGCCGUUGGUGGAUGGCAUUGAGGGCUACUUCAAGGCGGUUGGCAUCCGGUGCUAUGGCCCGUCGAAACUUGCGGCGCGAAUGGAAGGAAGCAAGACUUUCUCCAAGGACUUCAUGAAGAGACAUAAUAUCCCUACUGCGGCGUACGAAAAUUUCUCGGAUUACGAAAGCGCACGGAAAUAUCUGGAUAGCAUCGAUCAUAAUGUUGUGCUUAAGGCGAGCGGUCUGGCAGCCGGGAAGGGAGUCAUCAUCCCCACGACAAAGGAGGAAGCGCAGCAAGCAUUGAAGGAGAUCAUGUUAGACAAGGAAUUUGGCGCAGCUGGUGAUGAAGUUGUUAUUGAGGAGUUCUUGGAGGGCGAUGAGUUGAGCAUUCUGAGCUUCAGCGAUGGAUACACAAUCCGAUCAUUACCUCCAGCCCAGGAUCACAAGAGAAUAUUUGAUGGAGACCAGGGCCCCAAUACUGGCGGCAUGGGCUGCUACGCACCUACGAAUAUUGCAACCAAGGAAUUGAUUGAGGAGAUCGAGAAGACUGUCUUACAGCCUACCAUUGACGGCAUGAGGAAUGAAGGGUUUCCUUUCCUUGGUACCCUUUUCACUGGUCUCAUGAUCACGAAGACUGGUCCAAAGGUCUUGGAGUACAAUGUCCGAUUUGGCGAUCCAGAGACUCAGACUUUAUUGCCCCUCUUAAGUGAGGAUACUGAUCUCGCAAAGGUCAUGAUUGCCUGCACAGAACAUUGGCUCUCUGGGGUUACCGUGAAAGUCGAUCAAAAGGCCAGUGCAACAGUUGUGGUAGCAGCAGGUGGAUAUCCUGGCCCCUACGCAAAGGGCACGCCCAUGCAAGUUAGUACGCCUGCUGCUGACACCAAUAUCUUCCAUGCCGGCACAGCCAUCAAGGAUAGCCAGCUUCAGACGGCUGGUGGUCGUGUUAUUGCCGCUCAAGCAACUGCCGAAACUCUGGAGCAAGCAGUCAAGAAGGCAUAUUUGGGAGUGGAGCAUAUCAAAUUCGACAAGAUGUUCUACAGGAAAGACAUUGCACACCGAGCAUUGAAGCCCACAGCUUCCACCCAAGAGGCUCUCACAUACGCUAAGGCUGGCGUCAGUAUUGAUGCCGGAAAUGCACUCGUAGAGCGUAUCAAGAAAGCAGUUGCUGCUACACGCCAACCUGGUGCUGAUGCGGAAAUUGGCGGAUUUGGAGGUGAAGUGGACUUAGCAAAAGCUGGCUAUGCGAGUGCACCUAUCACGGUGGGUGCCAUUGAUGGCGUGGGCACGAAACUCAUGAUCGCUCAAGCCAUGGACAAGCACGACACUGUAGGUAUCGACCUGGUUGCAAUGAACGUGAACGACCUAGUUGUUCAAGGCGCCAAACCAUUCAUGUUCCUUGACUACUAUGGCUGCAGUCAGUUGAAUCUCGAGACUGCUGCGGCAUUCGUGGAAGGCGUUGCAGCUGGCUGUAUCGAUGCCACUUGCACGCUCGUAGGCGGCGAGACUGCGGAAAUGCCCGGCAUGUACCAGAAAGACGAUUAUGACGCCGCUGGUUGCGCUGUUGGAGCAAUGACCCAGGAUCUCAGACUUCCGCGCAAGGAGGACAUGGUUGAGGGUGAUGUUCUUCUUGGCCUAGCAUCCCACGGAGUCCAUUCGAAUGGAUUCUCUUUGGUGCGCAAAAUCAUCGCUCGCGAGAACCUCUCCUAUACCGAUACCGCUCCCUGGGACGAGUCAACCAGUGUGGGUCUCAGUCUCUUGACUCCUACCAGGAUAUACGUUCGCUCUCUCUUGAGCGUCACCAACAAGAAGCUUGUUAAAGGCCUUUCACAUAUCACCGGAGGCGGCUUGACCGAGAAUGUCCCUAGGAUGCUACCCGCUCAUCUAUCUGCUGAGAUCGACGUCGCAGCGUGGCAGCUACCGCCCGUUUUCAAAUGGUUGAAACAAGCCGGAAACGUGCCAGCUGCGGAGAUGGGACGAACUUUCAACACCGGCCUCGGUAUGGUUGCUGUGGUAAGCCAGGGCAAUGCUCAAGAAGUAAAGGCAGCACUAGAGGCGGCUGGUGAGAAGGUUUAUACUAUUGGCAAACUUGUUUCGAGAUCGGUUGGGGAGGGCUGUGAUUUGUUGAAUCUUGCAUCUUGGGAUUAG